UCGCAGAGGCGGCGCGGACAUGGCUGCGCUGGUGGAGCCGCUGGGGCUGGAACGGGAAGUGUCCCGGGCAGUGGAGCUCCUCGAGCGGCUCCAGCGCAGCGGGGAGCUGCCCCCGCAGAAGCUGCAGGCCCUCCAGCGAGUCCUGCAGAGCCGCUUCUGCUCUGCCAUCCGGGAGGUGUAUGAGCAGCUCUACGACACGCUGGACAUCACCGGCAGUGCUGAGAUCCGGGCCCACGCCACGGCCAAGGCCACGGUGGCCGCCUUCACAGCCAGUGAGGGCCAUGCACAUCCCAGGGUAGUGGAACUGCCCAAGACGGACGAGGGCCUGGGCUUCAACAUCAUGGGGGGCAAGGAGCAGAAUUCGCCUAUCUACAUCUCCCGUGUCAUCCCUGGGGGUGUGGCUGACCGCCACGGAGGCCUGAAGCGUGGGGACCAGCUACUGUCAGUCAAUGGUGUGAGCGUUGAGGGUGAGCAGCAUGAGAAGGCAGUGGAGCUUCUGAAGGCUGCCCAGGGCUCAGUGAAGCUGGUGGUACGCUACACACCUCGAGUGCUGGAGGAGAUGGAAGCCCGCUUUGAGAAGAUGCGUUCCGCCCGGCGGCGCCAGCAACAUCAGAGCUACUCGUCCUUGGAGUCUCGAGGCUGAAACCACAGAUCUGGACCCUCACCCCCUCCCCUGUACAGUAUUUAUUGUCACCAACUCCUUAUUUAAAGAUCUUUGACCCUC